AAUAAGAACGGCUUCUGCGAAAUGAAUAUUGAAGUUGAGGAAAAAAUACGGCAACUUGAAUGUGUGAUAUGCUCAAAAUGCUCAACACUAACACAUCUUCACAUGUAUGGAUUGCCGUCGACGAAUCGAGACGAUGUCCUCAAUCAGGCUAUCUUCGCGCGUAUCAAUUGUUUAUUGUUGGAAGGAUCAUGGCGUCGUCUGUGUGAUGAGAUUGUUUCAUGUUUGCCAGAUUAUAGUUGUGCCACGCAAAUCGGCUCAUUACAGCAGUUAUUCGAUCAUAUCGAGUUAUUGUUGGAUGUAAACAACACCAAUAAAACAUUGGUGAUUGUCUUUGCUUUCGCUGAAUCUCUGCAACGGCUCAGCGCUCGAUUUUUGAAGGCUUUGUUUGCAGCACCACGGAAGUUUAAAGGUACAGUGAAAUUGAUAACAGUUGCCACAGUGCCGUGGUCUGAUUUCGAAAGUGUUGAACACAUCUCGUCUCCGUUACAAUUUUCGUUCAGGAAUUGGAACAAAGAUGAGCUACUGCAUAUUCUGUGUGAACGAGUACCAUAUGGCGAGAAAUUUGUACGUCUCAUCUUGGAUACUGUCUAUCAAGUUUGCAGAGAUUCACAACAACUUGAAUAUUUGAUACAGUCGUUUUGGGACAAAAAUCAACAGCUUUGUUCAACUGUCUUCGAUCCAGCCUAUGAGACGACCGCUAAUGAUUAUAAAACAUUAGAGCCGAAACUUCGACGAUGCUGUGAGGAGUUGUUUUAUCGAUUCGACAGACAUUCCAUCAAAGAGGUCGACGAUUUCCAUUCAACUGAUGAGGACAAUGUUGAAGGUCUGCCAAUGUCAACGAAAUACUUGUUGGUUGCGGCAUAUUGUGCUAGUUAUAAUCAACCAGCCACAGAUCGACGUUUCUUCACAAAGAAUCACGGUAAACAAAGACGACGGUCAUCAAUGGCCAAAACCGAUCGCGAGGCAUCUGCCCAUGAGAAUGGCCCGAAAAGUUUCGAUUUACAACGACUUUUAUUUAUUUAUUUAUCGUUUUUGGAAGCGUAUUCCACGAGAACGCCUCAAUGUUCUAAUAUUCAUACGCAGUUAUCUGAUCUGUGCAGGAAGGGUUAUCUGUGUAAAACUUCUACUGAUGCGAAUCUGGAUAUGCCCAAAUAUAAAUGUUUGACUUCAUACGAAACACUGAGCCGUCUUAGCGAUUCCCUUGACAUCAAGUUAACGGAUUACCUAUCAGACUUCACCCUAUGA